GGGAGGGGGACAGCACCCGAGUAAUGACACACUCCACUUGGGUUUGUCCCUGUCGAUAUAAUAGAUUAUCUACAAUCUGCAUACAGUUUGCUUUCAGGCUUACGUCUGUAAUUCAAAUUUUAUUUCCAAUACGAGUAUAUAUCCAACGGUUGUAUGUAUAACAGCCGACAAGCGACCAGUAUAGAGACGGGGUAGUAUAUAGGUGUAGGAGUACCAGAAUCAGUAGUACUGGUGUUGGCGGUGGAGUAACACUUGGUAGUUGAUAGAGGUUUGAAAAAGACAUUAUAUCAUAUUGACGUUGUACAUGGUGAUUUCGAUAAAGCAAGUCGGGAGAGUCUCCCAAUAGUUCAACAAAAUAGUCAUGAUUCCAAAGGAGUUAUUUGUCUUGAUGGUGUUCGUCUGUGUUUGGACUACGGCAGCUGCAUCGAGUACCACUAUGUCUGCAACCACAGCUGGUGAUGAGUCCACGACGACAGCGGCACAAGCCACAUCGAGUACCACUAGGUCUGCAACCCCAGCUGGUAAUGAUGCCACUACGACAGCGGCACAAGGUCCAACGAGUACUACUAGGUCUGCAACCACAGCUGGUAAUGAUGCCACUACGACAGCGGCACAAGGUCCAACGAUUCCCUCUAGGCCCUCUAACGACAGCGGGGAACCAUCGGCUGACUGUGACAGAGAGGAGGCUCGAACCUGCUUCAUGUCUUUCGCCAAAUACGUCACCAUAGCAGUCAGUGUGAAGGGGAAACACCGCUCGCACAUUUGUCGAAUGAAAGAAGAAGCAUUGGAAUGUGAGGAGAAAACCAAGAGGUGUUCUGAACAUAUGUCAUCUUACCUGAGCUUAUUCCACGCCCUGAUGCACCACGCGUGUGGCAGAGGAGAUAUGGAAAGUUUCGAUAGUGAUAAAAGUGGCAAUAGUGCAGAAGAUUUUGGCAGCUAUGAUAUUGAUGAUGUUGACUGGGGAAAAACUGGCAAUAGCAAAUCAGAGGAAAGUACAAACAGUGGAAGCAGGGAGGAUGACAGCGGAAACAGAGAUAGUGAUAGUGGAAGCAGAGACACAGAUAGUGGAAGCCAAGAAAGUGGAAGCAGAGACAGUGAUAGUGGAAGCAGAGACAGUGAUAGUGGAAGCCGAGAACAUAAAAGCGGAAGCAGAGACAGUGAUAGUGGAAGCAGAGACCGUAAAAGCGGAAGCAGAGACAGUAAAAGCGGAAGCCGAGACAGUGAUAGUGGAAGCAGAGACAGUGAUAGUGGAAGCAGAGACCGUGAUAGUGGAAGCAGAGACCGUGGAAUGGACAGUAAAUCACAGGAAAAAGAAGAGAAAGAUAGUUGUUCUCCAACAUGUGAUCUCCAGGCCUCAGCGGUAUGCUUCCUGCAAUUUAUGGAGGUGUUUUCUCAAGAAUCCAUUACCGGAAUCUGUAGGCAGUCAAUGUGGUCAGCCAAGUGUAUGUCCGCAGCUGUGGUAGGAUGCCAAUCUGCCCAGAAGCAUGCUGUAAUGGCGCUGGUCAACAAGGUGAUGUUGACCCAUGAUGAACUUUGUGGGUCAAGGUCAUGUGAGCUGGAGAAAGCUGCUGCUUGUUUGAAGGAGGCAGGAACAACAAUAGAAAUACUGCUUAAACAGCUGACUCUGGCACCUCUGUUGUGUGGGAAUCUGAAGGGAGCACUAGCUUGUGUUUAUAACCACACAUCAAAUUGUGAAAUGAGUGACUUUACCUCAUCGGAAGAAAACAGUGAUGAGAGUAUGGAAAGGGGAGGCAACCCAGGACGAACAGACAACUCUUCUAUGGAAGACAAUUCCACUUCAACUGAAAGCUCUACAAGGCCCACUAAUCAAAUGGGAGACAACUCCACUGUAUCACGAGGAAACGUUUCUACCACCAUAGGUGUAACUAUAGAUUCUACAACAAGGUCCGGAGUAGACGGAAUAGGGGAUACAGCCUCUGAGGAAAACAAUGGGAUGAGUGCCGAGAUGUUGAUGAUUUACCUACAUACGAUAGGUGUGACUGCCUACAGCAUAUGUAAGGAACAUACUGUUGGAAAAGACAUGAUGACGGGGGCAUGGCUGGGAGGAGAUUUGGCCUUUAGUAUCCUUCUGGGUUCACCCUACACAAGGUCCAAGGAUGUUUGUGGGCAAGUUUCAAUUCAUAAGCAUUCACAGAUGAUCAUGACUGGAGGGAAUUUUGAGAAAUGUAGAAACAGAAACGCUGGUCUGUUUAGCAGUGUGUCUCAUAACAAGGUGACCUCUGGAUGGAGUGGAGAAAGUGGAAAAACUGACAGCAGGGAAAGUUCAGGCAGUACAGACACUACUGACAGUCAAAAAUCUGGAAGUAUGGGAAGUCGUUUAGCAUCUAGAAGUAUGGAAAGUCGUACAGCAUCAGGAAGUAUGGGAAGUCGUCCAGUAUCUGGAAGUAAAGAAAGUCAUCAAGCAUCUGGAAGUAUGGAAAGUCGUACAGCAUCAGGUAGUAAGGGAAGUCGUCCAGGAUCAGGAAGUAUGGGAAGUCGUCAAGCAUCUGGAAGUAUGGAAAGUCAUCAAGCAUCUGGAAGUAUGGAAAGUCGUCCAGGAUCAGGAAGUAUGGGAAGUCGUCAAGCAUCUGGAAGUAUGGAAAGUGGUGAAAAUGAAGAAGAUUAUUGGGAGAAAUAUCGAUAUAGAGAGGAUUAUUUCAAUGAUCUAUCAGAUGAUUUUCUUUGGGGCUUACACACAGAUCACAAGUCCUCACAACAAAUGUUCUACCACAUCAUUGGAGACAUGUGUGUAGACCCGAGGAAAGAAGACGCGGCGGACUGUCAGUCUGGCUCUGAAGAGAUGAUGGUGACUGUAAGUGAUGCCACCACAACUACUGCCACUCCAACCACCGCACGAUGUGAGUUUGAUGCUGGAAUGGCGUGUGUCCUAGAUUCUAAUGUCCACGAGAUGGCGCUGCAAGUUUUCUUGUCCACUGGGACCUAUAAAGAAGCCGUUCGGGAAAUGUGUUUUGAGGUCCAUAGAACACUGACGUGUGCAUAUGACAACAUUGUUGGCUGUGAGAUUUACCAAAAAAAUCUGGUCAUUGACGCAGUUCACAAGCUGCUGUACAUCGUGGGAAACCAGUGUCCUGAUCAAAUACCUUCCACCACAAUGCCCAAACCAACUACCCCACCUACACCCACCCGAACCCCUAAGUGUUCGGAAAUCAAACCUAAGUGCAGGAUUGGGGACAUUGAGGAAGAAUGCUUUGUCUCUCAGUCUGGAGUGUCCGCUUCUUGUGAUUCCUACAAUGCAACAUUGCAUUGUGUUGGUGACCUUGUAAGACCAUGCCAACAGAUGCAGACCUCAGUGGCCACCUACAUGUUAGAUAAUCUCCGCGAGAAUCUCACCGGUUGUUCUGAUGACCUUACAAACUUCUUUGAACUUCCCUAUGAUGACUCGUCCAGGCUAGCUGAGUGCACACUUCAGGCCGCCAGGGAGUUCCGUGCCGCCAUUAGAGCUGCUGAGGAACCCACCCGCAGGCUGUGUAUGACUUUAUGGAGUUUCUCAAAAUGUUACGCAGGUUUUGAUCUUCCGACGGCCACCAAAUAUUUGCUGGCUCGCUCCGAGGCUCUCUUCAAUGACUUCAGCUAUCACCACUGCAUGGCUUUGGAGGAAGAAGAGUCCGUGUCUGUAUGUGACCAGCCCAGGAUUAUAGGACUCUGCAAAGCUGCCAUGCCACGCUUUUUCUACAACUCCACAUCACAAAUGUGCGAACCAUUUUCAUAUGGUGGAUGUGACGGAAACGACAACAACUUUGACACCAUCACAGCUUGCCAGGCGCAGUGUGUUGAGGUUGCAGCGUUGGAUGAUGGGUGUGAUAUGUCAAAGGUUUCUGUUUGUAUAUCCACAUACCUUCUUAAGCUCUUCACCAAGACAUUCAUGCCGUUCUCCCAUCAGUCUCUUAUAUGCAGUAAGUAUGGUGAAGUGAAUGAGUGUGUUCAAGAGUCCAUGAUGGGCUGCUCAACUUCGGCCAAGCUACGUCACGCCCAUGUCUUGGAAAUGUACCAGUCAGUGUACCAGUGGGCAUGCCCUCUGAUUCGUCCUGAGGUUCCAGACAUACAGAGUUGUCUCCCUCACCUAGCUGAAGCCAGUCUGCAGUACUUUGGUGUGAUACUGUCAAAUGCUGGGAACCACAACAUGAAUGCAACCUGCAAAGAACUAAGUCAUGCACUGUCAGUGGUGCAUGCCACAACGUUUAACUGCUCAGAUGACCAGAAGGACGAUGUUGGCGAUUCCCUGAGUAGUUUGAGGCCACUAGUGGGUGACCUGUGUCCAGACAUCACGAACAUCCUUCAUUGUAAUAGCAACUCUUCAUACCUAGUGGAUGAUCCCGAGACAGCAGAGAUAACCCAGUCAUGUUCUACAAAACCGAUUUCAUGUGAUGUGGACACAGUAUUGUCUUGUUUCGAUGACAGGAGUAAUGCGACCACUUUCUGUGGAAAUACAGCAGUGGCAGCAUGUAUAUCAACUCGUAUCAGCGGAUGCCAGGACUCGGAUAUCUCUGUCGUUCAUCAGUCAUUGAUGAUGCUCUCUACAACAACUGCUAUUGAUACUGGUGAAGUCUGCGAUUUCGAUGUCACUUGGCCCUCCACCUAUGAUCCGGAGAGGGGAGCUGGAAACUGCACAAAACAGUUUUAUGCUGGCCUGGAGGAAAAGUUUUUAUUAGAAACCAAGCCAGACAACAUGGUUCUGUGUGCCCUUUUCACUCGGUUAAUGAAUUGCAUUGAUGAGGAAUCAUCUACCCUUCCUCUUGUCCAACAGCACCUGGUACAGACACUUGGUAGCCAAAUGAGCUCACAACUAACAGAGUUGUGCCAAGCUGCUGCUGUAAGUCCGUGCGAGGUGGGAGGUCCUCUGAAGGAUGAGACUGGGGACGAGUACUACUGUGGACGUGGAUCGUCCGGAUUCUGUCCUGAAGGUUCCCGAUGUGUUAUCUCCCCCACUGAUACAUAUGCUGUGUGCUGUGUUAAAGUCAAAAAUUCAACAGAAAAAGACUGUGGUUCAGCCCCAGCAGAUCUUGUGUUCCUAGUGGAUGAGUCUAGUAGCAUUGGUGCCACUGAUUUCCAGAUUCAGAAAGAUUUCGUGAAAAACCUUAUUAACAACCCGAUCAUAGCUGACAAUGUAAAAACAGGGGUAAUGCAGGUCGCACUAGUAACAUUUUCUAGAAAUCCCAUCAAAAGGUUUGGAUUGAAUACUUACAACAAUACACAAGACAUGGACAAAACCAUUGACGAUAUUAUCUAUGAUAAAUCAGGAACUGAAAUUGAAAAGGGUUUGAAGUUUGUGCGAGAAGUUGCCCUGUCUGAAGCAGAAGGAGCACGCUCUGCAGCUCCCAAAAUUGUAAUUCUGAUAACGGAUGGUUCUUCCAAUGACAACUCUGUGUCCGAGGCAAAUAAACUCCGUGACAUGUUUGUUACCCUGCUUGUGAUUGGAGUUGGCAAUGUUGAUGAUGAUCAGUUGUCAGCUAUUGCAGGCGAUGACACAUUCAAGUUUACAGUUGCUGAUUUCUCCGAACUAAGUGGUAUUGCUGAACAGUUUGUGGCAUCCCUCCCUUGUCCUGAAGAGCCACUGACCUGUCGUCUGUCUGAAGCUGAAGAAUGUUACAAAGGCCAGGCCAAGUCCCUACUGACUGGCCUUUACCCCAUAGGGGCUAGGGCUUCUGUCUGCAGCAACACCGAAGGGUACGCAGAAUGUGUGAGCACUUUGACAGUUACUUGUUCUUCGGAGAAACGGCAGAAGUUCCUGCAGGUGUCUGACUGGACAAAGAAGCUGGUCAAGACUCAGGCCAUCUGUGAUCAACCAGAGGAUGACAAACCGAAAUACUGUCGUCAGGAGGAAGCUGCACGCUGUUUAGCUGCCAUGUCUAAAACCAUUGCUCGCUAUCAACAUACACCAUUACGGACAGCCAUCUGCUCACAAAUCCUAACAACAGAGACCUGUGUAUUAAAGAGCAUAAAAGACUGUGAUGAGGAGAAGCAUCAGAGUGUUUUGCAGGCAUACCAGGACAUGACCACACUGGCCCGUCUGGCUUGUGUGGCCCCCCAGACCCCUAAACCAAAGCUACCAGACUGCGACGACGAGGGUCAGAUGUGUGAUGACAUUGAGGCUCUCAACUGCAUGGUAUCUGCACAUACCAAGCUUGUGGCCUCCAAGGGAAACAAAGAAACUAUCUGCAAUGCUCUUGUUGAUGCCAAACAUUGUGUGAGGCGUCAGAUAGCUGGCUGUGAAGCGCGUGAGAAGACAAUCAUCCAUGCGAUGUAUGAAAAGCUGGUUAGUCGUAAGGGCCGCACGUGUCCAGAAAUAUACUGUGAACGAUGUGCAGCUCUUCAGUGCAUCGAGGAUCUCAGUACGAUGAUUAAGAAGGGAGAGAAAGAAAUGUGCAACAUGAUUGAGAGUACAAAAAGAUGUGUACGGGAGAGAGCCCAACAUUGCUCCGGAGAGGAGCAAAAGAAAAUCUAUGCCAAGCUGGAUUAUGUUGUAAUGAUGACAUCGUCUCAAUGUGAGAGAGUGGCCAUGCAUUGCAUCACUGCCUUCAACUCAGCUUCCUUGGAGAUAAUAAAGUACAAUCAGCCAAGCAAAUCAACAGAUAGUAGUAAUAUCAGCAAACAGUCUGGUAAUCACAGUGGCGGCUCUAAGGCUAGUGGUGACAGCGGUUCUAAGGCUAGCAAAGGCAGUAAGGAAAGUGGAAGCCAAUCUCAAGAUCCUAGAAAGAAAAGAAGUGCUAAGACUUCUGGAUCACAAUCUGCAGCUAAUUCAGCAUCUACCUCAGGAUCUAACUCGGGUAGUAACUCUGGAGAAGGGUCCAAUACUGACUCUGGUAUGUCUGGAACAAGUCGUCAACAUUCGGCUGAAGUUGAUGAAGACGAGAUUAUAUGUGAUGAUCAACUUGACAGCGAUUAUAUGUUGGACAUAUCCUGGUCAGUAGAUCUGGAUACAUGUAGUAUGGAUGAUACUGGGUCAGCUGAAAGUGGAAGCAAAUCUAGAAAUAGUGGCAGCAAGUCAGGGACAAGUUGUGAAAAAUCAGCUCCGAGUUCAGGUAGUAAUUCUGCAGGAAGACCAUCUGCAAGCAGUGAGUCACGAAGUGGCAGUGCACAAUCUGCAGGAAGUGCACCUGCAAGUGGUGAGAAAAGAAGUGGCAGUGCACAAUCUGCAGGAAGUGAACCUGCAAGUGGUGAGUCACGAAGUGGCAGUGCUCAAUCUGCAGGAAGUGCACCUGCAAGUGGUAAGAAAAGAAGUGGCAGUGCACAAUCUGCAGGAAGUGCACCUGCAAGUGGUGAGUCACGAAGUGGCAGUGCUCAAUCUGCAGGAAGUGCAUCUGCAAGUGGUGAGUCACAAAGUGGAAGUGCUCAAUCUGCAGGAAGUGCACCUGCAAGUGGUGAGUCACAAAGUGGAAGUGCUAGCACAUCUAAUGAGAAUUCUAAUGAGAGCAAUGAGAAUUCUAGAGGCAGUGGUGAAGCCAAGAUGUGUAUGAGCCGUUUAGCAUGGAUGUGUAAGAAGGCCCGCAUGAGCUGGGAGUGUGCCCAGGAAUCCUUGCUGAUCUUACCAGCAGACAGACAGCAGGUACUGAGACAGGCUCUUUCAGGGGUGUGGGCAUCCGUCCAGUACAGAUGUGCAGCUUCAAAAUUGCAGUGUUUUAGCUGUCAGAAGGACGACUCUAAUGAGCAGUGUAAUGCCAGAGCUGUUGAUACAUGUGCCGCUAACAAACAGGCUUGUGAAACAGUCGUGGACUUUGGUGCCAAAGUUAUCACAAAGGGCUGUGUUAACCCUGACUCGUGCCAGUCCCAGUGUACAGGAAACGGCAACAAGUGUUCCUACUGUUGUCAUGGUAGCCUGUGCAAUCAACCGUGGGACAGUGUCAUCACUGAACCUCGGACCUGUGUUGGUGUGUCCGCUGUGAAGUGUGUAUUCACAUUGGUGAAGGCUGUGGCGCACACUAAAAAAUUGGCCUGCAGUGAGAUACAGACUAGUCUGGAGUGUGUUAAGAAGAACACAUUGACGUGUGUUUCCAGUCAGUAUCUAGCUAUCAAAGAACAGGUAUCUCACCUGGAGUCCAGUUCCCUGCUGACAAAAUGUCGCCUCCGUCAGCUUCACUGUCAUUGUGGACUAUGUGGAAGUCUCGCCCUCGGCAUCACCAUACAGAAUAACCUCCGUACAGAUCAAAGUGUGUGUCGACAUCUGGAGGAUACUAUAGAGGGUACUUCCUUGGCUACUAUCGAACAAACCUGCUCCCCUGCUGACUUCCGAGCCUCCUUCCUGUCUCUACAUCUUGCCUGGUCUGUUAUCGGAGACACCUGCAAGCUGGAUCCUGGAAUGAAUGACACCAAAGAUAACACAUCAAGCGCUGAAUCUGGUACCUCCAGUCGUGAAGCUCCUAGCUCAGGCGAGGGUACCAGUCGUGAAGAUCCUGGCUCAGGGGAGACAAUCUGCGAUAAAAAGGCUGCCAUUGAUUGUGUUGAUAGUGAUAGGGCAAGAAAAGAAUUCAUAAUGGCGAUGAUGUAUGGAUUUGAACGUGUCUGCAGCUUGAAGGACAUGUGGAUGGGAUGUGUUGAGGAGAAAGUGAAGAGCUGCUCUGGGGACAAGUACACUGAGGUGUGGGAUCAUGUGAUGCAUGCAACCUCCUGGAUCAGAGGUCAUUGCCAACGUAUCACCAUGGGAACGACUGAUAAGUGUGACAUUGACCAAGCUAUGCAGUGCCUUACAAGUUUAAGGAAUAUGUCUUCCACAACCAAAAUGUGCGAGAGCAGAAAUAUGACAUUUGAAUGUGUUAAAGAACACACUCUGUCCUGCUUGUCGGUACAAAAAGCACCAGUUGACUUUGUGAUCGGGGAACUAAGCUUUGCCUUGGAGAAUGUUUGUGACAUAGACAUGGCCAUUGAUGACGACCCGUACAGCGACAUUUACCAUGACCUUGCUGAUUGUGUGGUCGGAUUUGGUCACAUGAUACAUCGCUCGAUGAAGGUGAUUGGUUCUAAUGCCACCACCAUGCUAUGUGAGGCAGUGACACACCUUCAGGCUUGUCUGUAUGAUGAGAAAUUACCUCCCCUUGCUAAGAUCUACACCAAGUUCAUGGCCAAGAUGUCAACAUCAUUCAUGAAACACAUUUGUUCCCCAGAUAAUAUGGACAGGCCCCUGUACUGCCACAGCUGUGAUAGGAGAGGAGAGGCUGAUUGUCAAUCCAGUACCAAGCUUACUAUCUGUGACCCUCUCACUGAGAGAUGUGGGUCGAUGUCGCGGACAUUGGAGGAUGGUUCUGUGAUGUACACUAAAGGUUGUGUGUCGAUAGACAAGUGUGUGACAGCCUGUCAAACAUCUAGCAACUGUUCCUACUGCUGUGGGGCUGACUUCUGUAAUGCAGGGGCUCUUCCUGAUGUCACCAUAACAACUCAACUUCCAAAUAUUGUUACUGAGCAAGCAGUCUGUGGUUACAGUGAAGCAGACAUUGUUUUGCUGUUAGAUGAGUCCAGCAGUAUUGGCCAAGACAAUUUCUUCAUCAUGGCUCGUUUCGUCAAUGACAUCAUCGAACAACUCAAUAUAGGAGAGGAUUCCAUCCACCUAGGUGUCGCAACCUUCUCCAGUCAAGGACAUUUUGGCUUUUCUUUGGAUCGGUAUUACGACCAGAGUGCGAUGACUGAUUUUGUAACACAGCUGGCUAAUCAGUAUGGUGACAAGUCCGGCACAAAUGUAACUGCAGGUUUGGAACUCGUGCAGUCACAAAUAUUUGAUGAUAGUGGUAACCGACCGGAUGUACCAGAUGUCAUCUUACUGUUGACAGAUGGAGAAUUUUAUUCUGGGUACGAGAGUACUGUAGAGGGUAUCAGACAGGCCAAUAUCAGUGUACUAGUAGUAGGAAUAGGAAAUGACGUUGUUCAGUCCCAGCUUUCUGAAGUCGCCUCAGAUCCCGCAUAUAUCUUCACGGUGGAUGAUUUUAACGUUCUUGAUGCCAUUUUGGGAGACCUUGUACAAACCAUCCCCUGCCCCCCUGAGCCCCCAAGUUGUGUAUUACACGAGGCGGCAACCUGUGUGAGCGGCCCUCUUGUACGUCUUCUAGUCUCACCCUUCACACCUCUACAGUACCGACACACCUUAUGUAGUGAUCUAGAUAUGGUCGAGGACUGUUUGUCCACCUCUCUGGUGAACUGUCCACUCUCCAACACCAACAACAUGUAUAAAAUGACUGCCUGGAUGAAAAGUGUAUCCAGCCCCAUGUGUCUAGAAUGGAACCCUCCAGUUAACGAUGAUACAUGUGAUGUGGCUACAGUAGAAAAGUGUCUUAAUCCACUUAUCAACAAGUUGUCUAACAAAGUGCUGGAAGGAGAAAUAUGUCCAACGUUGGAUGAAUCUCUGACAUGCCUCCACAAAGUCAUGACAGGGAACUGCUCACGAGAUGCUGUUGUCUCUGUUAGUCAGACUCUCCAUAUUGUCAGAGGCAUUGUGGGAGAUGACUGCUCAACACAACUGAGUGAGAGUCUGUGUGUGUUAGCCAACUCCGCCAACCUCAAAGGAACCUGUGAUACGGACAAAGUUGACACCUGUGUACAGUCGUUCAAAGACUUCCUCGAUGGCUACACAUUUUUUAAUACCCAAGAACAACUAUGCGAAGAACAUCACACUGCACAGGUGUGUGUAGAAGACAACACUGCUACCUGCAAUCCCAGUGUUAGACUAUCCGUGGAGACAACAAUAUCACAAAAACUUUCUGCAGUAUCUAAGAGUGUAGACAGCUGUGAGGCACUUAAACGCUGCACUUUACCUGGAAAAUGCUCCAUUAAAAAUGCCUUUGAAGUGGCUGUUAAUGAAUUGAGAAAGGCACCUUCGUGUCCCUCUGGAAAUACUCUAAUGCCCGCUAUAUCAGAUGAGAUUAUCGAUUGUACCUCCAUCCAAAGAUAUCCUGCUAAAGCCGACUUCCUGUCAUUGUUGUCAGGUUGUCCCCCUAUAUCACUUAUCCUCCCGGCAGCAGAGGACAUACUUGUUCCACUCACCCUCUGUAUACAGAACUUCUACACGGCUGUAAAUGUCUCCCUGUACAGCUAUAACUUGGGUGUCGGCGAUUUCUGCCCUGCUGUGCGAGGAAUAUCAACAUGCUUUCAAGACUUCUAUGACACUUUAGAAGAGAUCCCUGCCAAGUUUUUGUCGUCAGGUCUCCUCAAAUUGACUCAUCAAGUUUGGAAUGAAUUCCUUGACUCAUCUUGUAACCGUUCUGAACUUGUCAUCUGUGAGGAUGACACUGAAACUAUGGAAUGCCCUGUGGGACAUGUUGUGGAUAUCCAGGAUGCAUUUUAUGGUAGAGAAGAGCGACUCACAUGUUCGGACACCAACAGACUCUUGACAGACACAUCUUGCUCCUCUCCGGUAGCCCUCGACAAAUAUAAAGAAAUGUGUGAUAAUAAAACCAGCUGUACUGUGACCGCUAGUAGCUCUGUGACAGGAGAUCCAUGUCAAGGCACAUACAAAUAUGCUCGUAUCACAUACACCUGUGCUGCAGCAAACCCUGUUGUUAUAACAGAAGCAGACGAAUGUCGUCAGGAGAAUGUUGUAAGGUGUAUGAAUUCUUUCCUGUCAAAUACCAUGUUGAUUGGAUUGUUCCGCCUUCCAGACCGAAUAGAGCUCUGCAGGAGUUCUUUGUCACUGAAUACAUGUAUCAGUGAGGGUAUGGUGAGAUGUUCCCCGCGCCUACAGCAACAGUACGGUCACGUACAGGCUUUAGGCAGCUCAAUCAUCUCACGAGGCACUAAUGUAUGUAAGGAGAUGGGAGAGGAGGAGGAGGAGGAGGAGGAGGGAGACGGGAUGUCUUGUUCACCCCUUCAGGCUUGGGAGUGUAUAGCCAAGCUUGGUAUGGACCUGUCUUACUACCAAACCAGUAAGGACAGAGGUGAUAUCUGCAGACUCGCCAAAUAUUCCGCUGACUGUGCACAGCGCCACCUCUACAACUGUACUGAGCCUGUCAAUAGUGUGAUGUCUAUGACCCUGAACAAGGUCACUCAUUACGCCUUACAAAUGUGUGAUGGCCACCACAGGAAGCAAAAGGACAUUGCCUAUUCCGCUCCCCCUACCUGUGUAGAUCCAGAGGUGACUGGUUCUCAUUGUAAUCAUGUACGAGCCCUCAAGAGUUUAGCUGACUUGUUUGACGAAAUCUUCAAUCCAUAUGGCUCUCAACAGAGGUUGUGUGUAGAGUAUGCCAACUCCCUACAGAGUAUAUAUAGUAACAUCAAUGGCUGCCCUAGUUACAUAAAGAGGAACGUUCUGUCAGGACUAGACACUGUAAAGGCAUAUAAAGCCACAGAUGUCUGUAAUGUGGAGAUCAAGUCACCGUGCCGACCACCACCUAGCAACUGUAAGAUACAAAACGCUGAGGCUUGUGUUGACAGGCUGAAGGUCAGAUUAAGUGGAGAGAGCUCUGAGGUGGAUGAUACUGUGUGCAGCAUGCGUAUGGAGGUGAAAAGAUGUAUAGAUGAAAAUACUGCAGAAUGUUCCAAAACAGCAGUUUACCAAGUCACACAGAAGUACUACGCUGCACUUCAGAUCAUAGGAACAAUUUGCGAUGAAGGAGAUGGCGGAGGUGAAGGUGAUGGAACCAGUGAUGGGGUCGACCCAGAGGUCACAGAUAUCUACGGCUGCAUCAGAAGCUUUGAUGUCAAAAUCUUCAAAGUACUAGAGCUUAGCUCAAGAUCAGGGGAAAAGGAAUCAACUGAAAACACGGGAAGUAAAGCAGAAUCAGCUACAGUUAGUGGACAAAACUCAGGAUCUGCUAGUAAACCAGCCUCAGGAUCUGCUAGUAAACCAGCCUCAGGAAAAGCUAGUAAACCAGCCUCAAGAUCCACUGGAGGAACAAGCCCUGGAUCAGCUAGUAAACCAAGCUCGGGAUCAGCUGGCAAAACAACUGAGCUAACAAGUGCAUGUGGAAAGGUUUCUGCGUCCUGGACAUGCAUACAGACCAACCUUCCCCGCCUUGCCUAUCAUGAACGUGUCCUACUCAACCAUACAUUGUAUGCGGUGUACCAGACAAUUGAUUACAGUUGUAAACCCCAAGCAUGUCAUAGCUGUACAGAACUAGACGAUAAUGACCUGUGCAACAAACAGCAUCCUGUAAAGUGUGAAACAGGGGAGGUGUGUUACGCCAAAACUGUGAACAAGAAACUGGACAAGGGAUGUCAGUCUUCAGUCCAAUGUGCUCAUUCGUGUGCCUCUAACAAAGACUGUGGCUACUGUUGUACUGGCUAUCUGUGUAACAAACCAGCACACAUUGAAGAUCCACCCAUGUGUGACGUAAGUAGGGCAGUGACAUGUGCAAUGGAUGUUGUUUCCAUAGUUACCAAGACAGACACGAUCACUGAGAGGGUUCUGAGUGCCAGUUUGACCUGUAUGGAAACUUACUCUCGUGACUGUACGUCAGACAAACUCACCAUCAUCUACCGAGUCGCCAAACUUAUACGUGAGAUGCUGACAGUCAGUGGGUGUGCUGCUGAGUCCUCUUUUUAUCGACACUGUGGUACUGUAGGAGUGCUCUCCCUUGGCAGGAUCUCUUCCAGUCCUUUUGCGUCUGACAGAACCAAAUGCAGCCUGUUGAACACUACACAGACCUUGCUGGAUGAGAUCAAGAAUUCUGAACAGUGUUUCAGUACUGAACUUGCCCCAGUGUUGAAAUCCAUGGAUGAGGUAAAAAACAACUUCAUUGGCGAUGUUUGUUCAGCAGAGGAUGCCCAGCCGAGGUGUCGAGUUGAUGCCGUAUUCUCUUGCUUCAGCAUCGCAGCAGACAACUUUACCAUGGACGGAAUAUCACUGAUGAAUAAACCUCUGUGUAUUAACAGCACAAUAUGGCAGACAAACACAUGUGUACUGAACAAGAUGGCUGCCUGUUCCUCCCUGCAGAAGGCAACAAUCUCUGGAUUGAUCAAUAUGUAUGUGAACGUGACAAAGAGCUCCUGCUCUGUGUCGGACGUAUCUGAAUCAUUGCAAUUCAUAAGUGAACCUGUGACCUUUGACAGAGACCUUGAACUCUGCAUCUAUGAUUUCUCUGUCGCUGUAACCAAAGGUUACCACGGUGCCCACACAGAUGUAUGUGAUGCCUACCUCACUGCAAUGUCAUGUGUUGAAGGUCUACAGUUAUCUCCCUUCCAAAAGGCUGUAGGUCGAAGCUUUGUAACCCUCCUAAGCAAAGGCUACGAUGCCACCUAUAGCUGCAGUAGUCAGACAGGUUCUGAACUUGUCAUCUGUGAGGGUGACACUGACACUAUGGAAUGCCCUGGGGGACAAGUUGUGGAUAUCCAGGAUGCAUUUUAUGGUAGAGAAGAGCGACUCACAUGUUCGGACACCAACCUACCCUUGACAGACACAGCUUGUUCCUCUCCGGUAGCCCUCGAAAAAUAUAAAGAAAUGUGUGAUAACAAAACCAGCUGUACUGUGACCGCUAGAAACUCUGUGACAGGAGAUCCAUGUGUGAACACCUACAAAUAUGCAAGAAUUGCAUACAACUGUGUGCCAGUUAAUCCUGGUUCCAAUGACACAAGUAUGAUUGGAUCAAUGGAGCUCUCGGACUGUGACCUUGACCUUACCUACUUAUAUCUGGCUCACCACACCAUACAACUUUAUACGAGUCGUUUAUUCACCCAGUCCUCUGUUUACGACACCUGUCGGAAUGCAGCAGUGAUAAAGUCCUCAGUACUUACAGCUGUCAGCAGCUGUGCUUCCUACUCAUCCCUCAGGACAUUGUUGGAAUUCUUUGAUUUUGCGGUGUCCCAUGUCUGUGUUAGGGACAUACCAAUUGUGAAUGGUCAGGAGGACCCUGGGCAGUGUAACGUCGACAUGGCUGGGAAAUGCUUCCAUACCAUAUUACCUUACUUGGGAGCCACAGUGAAAGGCACUGACAGCUUCUGUUGGGAGCUGGAGUUACUACACGAGUGUGUACAGGGUUAUCAACAGGACUGUUCAGCUACAGCUUUCCAAUCUGUGACUGACAGCUUGGCAGUCGUCAUGACAACCUUUAGUGGGAUAUGUCCAUCCUUCACUCCCUCUGGUGUUUGCUCAGUAGCCAAUGCGUUGAGCUGCGUGGACAACCUUACUGAAAGUUCAACUGGAUGCAGCAACUUGGGAGAUGUAAGAGCCUGUAUCAGCACAAAUAUGGCAGGCUGUUCCAGCCUUCAGGACCUGGUAGUCAGGAUUUAUCUGAUUGGUUCUGUUAGUAACCGCCUAAAGUCAUGUGAUGAAGAUCUACAGGGUAGUGACCCAGUAGUGAAAAAUCUCAUCAGCUCUUGUAUUCAGUCUUUGAACCAGAACACGACGGAGUUUAUGAACAGUAACUCGCCUAGUACACAGACCUGUGACACACUUUCAGAUUUCAUUCAGUGUUUGGAGGAGAAGUCUAAAGAGAUGAACAUUGUUGUGUUGAAUCAAGCUUUAGAGAAAUACCGACCAAUGUAUACAGGAAUGGUCAACAGCUGUAAGGCAAGCAGUAAACAGUUUAUACACUCUGGUACCUGUCCGGUAGUGGAGGGGGGAACAUGUGCAGAGGAAUGCUUCUAUGAUGGAGAGUGUCAACGAAAUGAAAAAUGCUGCUUUAAUGGAUGUGGUCACACCUGUGUUCUAGCUGUUGGAAACAAUGUGAUUGCAUUUGACACGCCAAUACAGACUUCCGGCAGUAAGUCGACGGACUACACUUACACACUACUCGCCGAAUACGGCUACGUCAUCCAGUCAACGUCAGUUCUGUUUGAGGUGAAGGCCUGUAACAAUGCCCAUGUUGGACUGAAGGAGGAUGCAGACCCUGAUGGAAACCUGUAUGAGAUUGUUAUUGGUGGCUGGUCAAACUCUAAAUCUGUCAUCCGUACGCUGAAGCAGGGUGACAAUAAGGUGGAGCAAGGCGGGCCAGUGCUGGAUUGUAAUGUGUACAAGAGGUUUAAUGUGAGCUGGUCUGGAGGUGUUGUGACAGUAAUGAGGGAGACAGAUACAGACUGGGUACAACUGAUGACCUGGAGUGACCCUAGUGGUGGACUGGAUGUCCAGUUUGUAGGAUUAUCCACUGCACGCUGGGAUAGUGGUUCCUGGAAGGUCGGCCAGUCAGAAACAGGUUGGACUUAUAAAAUGUACUUUACUCUGGCAAACAAACACGAUACAAAUCAGCAGCUAGGUAUUCAGUCUUCUCUGCUGAUGUAGCCCAGUGUGAUAGUUUACAACAGUACAGCUGAAAGUUGACUGUUUAAGGUUAAUUAAGUUAAUUAAUAUAUCAAAAUAGUGGCACCCACUCUCUGAAGCUGUACAGAAGAGUUAAGUUAAUUAUAAAUUGAGAA